GUCACUUCCUGAAGUGUCUGGAAUAGGUUCAGCCCAGUAGCUAAGGUGUUCCAGCAGAGGGAGGUCUGUGAGCUGCUUUAUUUUACCAUCUGUUGAUGCUUUUGUGCAGAUUUAAUUCGAUUAACUGGUUGAUGAGUGCCUCAAGGUCAUCUGACGGUCCUGGAUGUGGAUUGUGUAUUCUGGUUUAGCGGGCAGCAUUUGAAGUGACAGAUGGUGCUGGUUUUGCUUGGCUUUUGUUUUAUCGAAUGUAAAGCAAAUGUGAAAGUCUAACAACAACAUAUGACAUACAGAUUUGCAAAAAUACUGAAUGGCACAAUGUGACUUGCCUCAGGGCAAACCUGAAGAUGAUGAGCAUUCUGUGCGUUUCCAUACGGAGCACACCAGCUACAACGAGGUAUUUCAACCUCAAAGUGACCACAGUGCCAGGAGGACAAGUUUCACACGGUGCUGUGUGGAUCAGAAACAGCUUGCUCACUUUCUGAAGGAAGACUCGGACGAUUCUGAAGUAGAAUGGAUAAUGAAAGAGUCUACCAGUGAGAGAAAUCCUUUACGUUCUUGCCAGGAGAAUUCUGCAGUAAAUGUAAUGGGCCGUGAAAAACUAGACAGCAUAACUGCACUGGGAAUACCAGACUACAUGAGUCCAGCAGGAACGUCAAAUGUAGAGAAAGAGCAACAUUGGAAGCAGACGCUCAAAGGGCAGCAGGGCGAUAGCCUUCUCGUGGCUAUCGAAUCGAUACCAGUUAACGGCAUGCCCAGGGCAAGGAGUCCAUGGGGAAAACUGGACCCAUACGAUUCAUCAGAGGACCAGGAUAAAGAAUAUGUUGGCUUUGCAACAUUACCCAACCAGGUUCAUCGCAAGUCAGUAAAGAAAGGGUUUGAUUUCACACUACUGGUGGCAGGGGAAUCCGGCCUUGGGAAAUCAACCCUGGUUAACAGCCUUUUCCUUACAGACCUGUACAAGGACAAGAAGUUCCUCAAUACAGAAGAGAGGAUCACCCAGACCGUUGAUAUCACCAAACAUUCGGUGGAAAUUGAGGAGAAAGGAGUUCGGCUUCGGCUAACAAUCAUAGACACGCCAGGAUUUGGUGAUGCUAUAAAUAACCAAGAAUGCUGGAAACCAAUUGCUGAUUACAUCGACCAGCAGUUUGAGCAGUAUUUCCGUGAUGAGAGUGGUGUGAACAGGAAAAAUAUUGUGGACAACCGAAUUCACUGCUGCCUUUACUUCAUCUCUCCAUUUGGCCAUGGGUUACGGCCAUUGGAUGUGGAAUUUAUGAAAGCUGUGCAUGAUAAGGUGAACAUUGUACCUCUCCUCGCUAAAGCUGACACACUGACUCCUGCAGAGGUUUCCAAAAUGAAGCCCAAGAUCCGUGAGGAAAUCAAAUUCUACGGGAUCAAUAUCUACCAGUUUCCGGAAUGUGACUCUGAUGAGGAUGAAGAAUUUAAACGACAAGAUCAGGAACUGAAGGACAGCAUCCCAUUCACUGUGAUCGGUAGCAAUACCGUGGUUGAAGCCAAAGGAAGGAGAGUUCGGGGGCGACUGUAUCCCUGGGGAAUUGUUGAAGUGGAGAAUCCUGCUCACUGUGACUUUGUGAGAUUACGAAACAUGUUGAUUCGAACACACAUGCAGGAUCUGAAAGAUGUGACCCGUGACGUGCACUAUGAAAACUACCGAGCACAAUGCAUCCAGAGCAUGACCAGGAUGGUGGUGAAAGAGCGGAACAGGAACAAACUAACCAGACAGAGUGGCACAGAUUUCCCGAUUCCGCUCAUAUCGGGAUUGACAGAUAACGAGACGGAGAAAAUAAUCCGGGAGAAGGAUGAAGAGUUACGGCGGAUGCAAGAAAUGUUGCAGAAGAUUAAGCAGCAAAUGCAUGGCCAGAGUCCUGAAGGAUUGUAGUACGUGGUGCUUGCCAGUUUCUUCAGGGAUUUAAGAUGUUUGUAGUCUUUUGCCCUGCCAAGAGGCAUGGAGACUGGUCCUAGGCACAAGGCUUUGUGGCUUGGAGCUCAGCCCAUCUAAAUCACUAACUUCAGAAUUCAACAAUCACACUUUUCACUGGAAGUAAAUGCAUCCAUUUUAUUAGUCCUACUAACUUAAAGUACUUAAAAUAGGAAAACAAACCUAGAAUUCAUAACUGCAAUAAAUAUUAGGUGUUGUCCAUAACUUGGAAUAAUUUUAGUCAUGAUUUAAGAAUCCCAUUUUGCUUUGCUGAGAAUAGAUUGAAUCUCUUUCUUAUCCAGAUACAUAGCUGUUAUCUAUCUAUCUAUCCUGCUGGAUUAAGAGUUCUUUUUCUUAUUACGCUGCUGGGGUUUCCCAGUUUUGGGACACUAAUAACUGCCAACAGCCAAGACAUUUGUAGUCAAAAUUGGCACGGAUAGAAACUUACAAACUAUGCCAAACAUUCUGGCAACACAAGCUUCCUACUCACUACUUCCAAGUUUCAGUGUAGUCUGGAGGAGCAUCACUUUGUUAAAGUUCAGGCUAUCACCUUCACAUUUUUUUUCAGGGUUUGUGGAUUUCAGCUUUAGUGAAAGAUCUGAAAUACCAAGAAAACUGCAGACCAAAUGAGAGUGGAACUGGCCUAAACGUGGAGAUGGGAAGGGCAUGGGAAAUGGAGAAAAACACUGGAAAAUUAGGGGAAACCAUGCCAACACCAGGAAAAGCACUGGAAAUCAGAGAACUGGCUGUGAAUACUUGGAACUGUUGCAAAGUUAUUUAGUGAAGUCAAGGGGAGCUUAAAGUUUUUAUUGGAAAGAUAGUCAGCAUUCCAAAUAAAUUGUACUAUAAUGGUCAAUUAUUAAUUGUUAUUCAACAGGUUUUCAAAUGCCUACACAAUCUCCCUCAUUAAAAUAGGGUGGAACCAGGUCCUUCAAAAAGACAAUUAAACUCAGGAGUCAUUACAGUAAACUCAUUACAGUCACAAAUACUGUGUAUUAAGGCAAAUAAGCUACAAAAUAAAUCACGAGGGAAGGCUGACUUAUGACUCAGUGGGUGCGUGCCAACAUCUGGAGUGAAUCUAAGUCUCACAGACCAUAUAAGUGCCAGAUUCAAUCUCUGGUCUCUAUUAUGUUUGCUGAUCCCAGUCAGGGCAGAGUGAAGGGGCUCAGCAAUUGUCCUUAAUUAGGGCAAAUAGAUCUAGGGCAAAUUAAGUCAACAU